AUGAUCUCGCAGAAGCUCUCGUACGGCGACGUGCCGACGUCCGCGUCGCUGUCUUCGUUGUCGCCUGGCCUCGCGCCUCCUUACGUUAAUGGCAUGGGCUGCAUGCCAGCUCAACCGUACCCGAAUCUCUACACCAACAACAUGGUCGCUGGCAGCUCGUGUAUGGGCUCCCCGGGCGUCGGCUACUCGCCGCCCAGCACCAUGGCGUCGUGCAUGGGCGGCGGCGGCGCCGUGCCCUACGGCUCGCUUCCUCGCGAGCAAGAGGCCGCAUCACCGACAUCAGCUCUGCAGCGCGCACGUAACGACAAAACUUAUCGCCGUUCGUACACACACGCCAAACCUCCAUAUUCAUACAUAUCGCUGAUCACAAUGGCCAUCCAGAACAAUCCAACGCGAAUGCUGACCCUCUCAGAGAUCUACCAGUUCAUCAUGGACCUGUUCCCGUUCUACAGACAAAAUCAGCAGCGCUGGCAGAAUUCUAUUCGGCACUCGCUGUCAUUCAAUGACUGUUUUGUUAAAGUACCGAGGACGCCAGAUAAACCUGGGAAGGGCUCAUUUUGGACGUUGCAUCCGGACAGUGGGAAUAUGUUUGAGAACGGCUGUUUUCUGCGACGGCAGAAACGAUUCAAGGAUGAAAAGAAGGAGUCUAUUCGACAAGCACAAAAAUCUACACACGGACAUGGUCACCAUGGUGGGUCACAUGAGAAACGUGGCGACCACGGACACGAAAAGAGCGGUGUAGGUGGAGGCGGAGCACCAGGAGAAGACAAAGAGAUGAGAGAUGAAUUGUUGGCACAGUUGCAUGCGGCACCAGAGUUAUGCCUACCAGAACAUACGCCGCUCGCUCUAGAACAUUAUGCGCAGUUGAAACAGGAGCCAACUGGUUACGCGCCCGCUCAACAUCCCUUCAGCAUCACACGGCUGUUACCCGGCGCUGAUACGAAAGCGGACUUGAAAAUGUACGAUGUGAAUUACGGAUACGGUCACUCUCCGGCGGACAACUACUACCAGUCACCUCUGUAUCACCAUCACCAUGCGCACGCGCAGCCGCCUUUGUGA